UCACAAAUCUGUCCAUACAAUUUCUGCGUUGUAUCGUGCACUGUGCAGUUUGCAUUAAAAUCACAAUUGAAAUAAAAGUUUUGAUUUUUAAUUAAGAUUAAAAUUUGUACACUCUGCUGAAGUUCUGUGAAUCAAACUAGUGAAACAAUUAGAUUGAGCGCCCUAGGUACAAUUGGUUUUCUGUAUUGUCGCCACGGCCCCGCUUCGUGAGAAUAUCUAGAUUUUAAUCAUAAUUACUUGGUCAAAUUCUGUGAUAAAUACCUAACGUACUGCGUUGUGUUUCUUUAUUUCGUUUCAAGUUGCGUUACAAUUGAGUUUUGUCUUGCAUGUCAAUAGUUUAUUAUAAGUUUUCAGUAGCAGCCCUGGAAAGCGGAUUACGGUUCUACGUUGUAGUUUUGAAGCUGUAUAAUAUGUUCAAAAUUAAACCUGAAAAUGACGAUGCAGAAGAAUACUCUGUUGAAAAAACGUUCGGAGACGUUAAACCAAAACCGUUAGAUGUGCUGUUCAAAACCAAUGAAAUAUCUACAACAGAGGAGUAUUUGGUUAAGAAUGAAGUCGAUGAUACUUAUGAAGUUUUGAAGCGUUAUAAUAUGUUGAAAAUUAAAGAUGAAAUUGAUGAAACAGAAAAAUACUUUUUUCAAACAACGUUUGGAGCCGUUGAACCAAAACCGUUGGAUGUGCCGUUUGAAAACAAUGAAAUAUCUACAACAGAGGAGUAUUUGGUGAAGAAUGAAGUCGACAAUACUUAUGAAGUUUUGAAACGGUAUAAUAUGUUGAAUAUUAAACCUGAAAAUGACGAUGCAGAAGAAUACUCCGUUGAACCAAAACCGUUUGAUGUGCUGUUCAAAAACAAUAAAAUAUCUAUAGAAGAGGAUUAUUUGGUAAAGAAUGAUGUCGAUGAUACUUAUGAAGUUUUGAAGCGGUAUAAUAUGUUGAAAAUUAAAGAUGAAAUUGAUGAAACAGAAAAACACUUCUUUGAAACAACGUUUGGAGCCGUUGAAACAAAACCGUUGGAUGAGCCGUUUGAAAACAAUGAAAUAUCUACAACAGAGGAGUAUUUGGUGAAGAAUGAAGUCGACAAUACUUAUGAAGUUUUGAAGCGGUUUAAUAUAUUGAAAAUUAAACCUGAAAAUGAUGAAACAGAAGAAGAGUUGUUGGAAAAAUCGUUAGAAGUCGUUGAUACCAAACCGUUAGAUAUGAAGUUCAUAAACAAUGAAAUUUCUACAACAGAAGAGUGUAUGGUUAAGAAUGAAGUCGACAAUAAUUAUGAUAUUCAUUUUCCGUGUAAAGCGACCGAUACCUCAAACAAUACAAAAACCAUGGAUUGCAGUUUGAACAAAACUAUAGAAAACGAUUCUGAGAAAAACAUACACAAAUUACGUCGGUUCGACUGCAAUAUAUGUCAAAGGAGGUUUAUAACCAAAAGUAAUAUAAUCUGGCAUAUUGCGAAAUCACAUUCCAGUACUUCCAUUGAAAAGAAAGCACCUCAAAAAAAUAAAGUCAAUCAUCGUAACAGCAGAAUCAAAAAGUAUACUCAAAACAAAGAUGGCCUAUUUUAUUGUGGUAUUUGUUCGAGAACUUUUUCAUUAAAAUCAAGCCUGAGAAGGCAUUGGCGCGUUCAUACCGAAAAGAAACCCUUUAAAUGCGAUAUCUGUGAUAAAACAUUUGGUAGACAAUCUUACCUCAAAACUCAUGAACGCAUACAUACUGGUGAAAAACCGUUUAAAUGUGAUGUCUGUAAAAAAUGUUUUAAUGUACAGUCUAACCUCAAAACUCACGAAAAAACACAUACCGGCGAGAAACCAUUUAGAUGCGUUGUCUGUGGAAAAACAUUCAGUCAACAAAUUAGUCUCAAAAUUCAUAAACGCAUACAUACCGGUGAGAAACCAUAUAAAUGCGUUAUCUGUGAAAAAACAUUCAUUCAACAAUCUGAUCUCAAGAAACAUGCUCGUGUACAUACCGGUGAGAAACCUUAUAAAUGCAAUGUUUGUAAAAAAUCCUUCAUUCAACAGCCUGAUCUCAAAAAACAUGCACGUGUACAUACCGGCGAGAAACCAUUUAAAUGCCGUGUCUGUGAAAAAGCAUUCAUUCAACAAUCUAAUCUCAAGAGACACGCACGCAUACAUACCGGUGAGAAACCAUAUAAAUGCGUUAUCUGUGAAAAAACAUUCAUUCAACAAUCUUGUCUCAAGAAACAUGCUCGUGUACAUACCGGUGAGAAACCUUACAAAUGCGAUAUCUGUCAAAAAACAUUCAUUCAACAAUCUAAUCUCAAGAAACAUGUACGUAUACAUAACGGCGAGAAACCUUUUAAAUGCGAUAUCUGUAAAAAGUCUUUUUGUGACCAAUCCAACCUAAAAACUCACGAAAGAACACAUACCGGGGAGAAACCUUAUAAAUGCGUUGUCUGUGAAAAAACAUUCGGUCAACAAUCUGAUCUCAAGAAACAUGCACGUAUACAUACCGGCGAGAAACCAUUUAAAUGCGAUGUCUGUGAAAAAACAUUCAGUCAAAAGUCCAAUCUCAUCAUUCAUGAACGCAUACAUAUUGGUGGGGUACGAUACAAAUGCUCAGCCUGUGACAAAUCAUAUGGUCGCCAAGGUACUCUCAAAAGUCAUCAAGCAAAAGCACACGGCCCAUAGAUUCAUAAACCUUAUUUGACUAUAUGGCAGUUAUAAAAUUGUUUUUCGAAAUCUAUUUGUUAUUAUUUGCAAUUUUUUUUUCUUGGCAUUUAAUUCAGAUUUUAUAUAUUUUUAUUAGUUUUCUUAAAAUAUUUUAAAUAUUACUAUCGUUUAACUGAUCAAUAAUAUAUACACUUGCACAAAGGCAUUUAGUGAAACCAAUAUGUUUUUAUACGUGUUUAGCGUGUAAUCAACAUGUUAUAUAAUUUGGCAAUUUAGUUUCACUGUUAAAAAUUGAGUAACUGAAGAUUGUACAAACAUUACCAAUAGAUACCAAUGUAUUUAGUAUUUAUGUUAGUUGGUAGAAACAUAUGUAUCCAUAUAAAUUUAUUUUUAAUUCUUAAAUAAAAUGAACAAAC